ACAUCAAAGGCUGGACCUAAACUGGAAAGCUGUGUGUUAGCUGCCAAUGUUUAUAUCGUUUUGGUUCAAAUACCAGGGAGUGGAGCAUACAAAGUUUUCCAUCCUUUAUUAUUCCAGAAAGCUUUGGAUGUGUUGCGUCUCUGGCCUCAGAGAGAAGGUGAUGGUAAUGGUGAGAGCAUGGAAGUAGAGGCUACUUCUGAUAAUGAUGAUGAUGAUAAUGAUAGCAGUGACAAUGAGGAUGAUGAAAUGACUGGGCAGAUAAACACUGAACAAGCAAAGGCCAAUGCUAAAGUCAAACUUUUAUCACUAAUGCAGGAUACAGUGUUGCUUUUAAGCAGCUACUCCCUCAAAGAUUCUGAGCAGCUCGCUCAUCAUUUGAUUCAGUUGUUUGUGGAAACAACACGACAUGAGGGUGAACCCUUUGAACAAGUUGUAUUUGACUUCCCAGGGCACCAAAUUUAUUCCAUCAAGUCAAUUGCUUCCUUGGCAUAUUUUGGUCUGAGUGUCAUGUGCUCACCUCUUCAUGGCGACAUCGGAACAAUCACUCACACUGUGUUUGAACACUUAAUCUCAAAUGUUCUUAUGGUGUUUGGUGGAGCAAUCGCUAGUAAUGGAUCUAUCUCUAAAUAUGUUCAGAACACCAAAGACCAAGCUGUUGCCUUUAUCUGCUAUCUAGCAAGUAAAGAGACCCAAGAGGUGCUGAGUUCUGUAGAAGUUCUUGUUCAAAAUAUCUUUACCAGUUGCCCUGAACGAGCAGAGUACAGAACCACUGUGGCAAAGGCAGUAGUUGAUAUCAUGAAAAUUUUACCAGUUUAUCAGUACACCAGUCUUGUAGAAUGGAUAAACAUGUACUCCAAAAAUGACAAGAUAAGUUACAGAAUUUUUGCAUUGGAAGUGUUUUCACUUCUACUAGUUGAACCAGAGAGGAUUCUAUUGGAUGAAAACUCACUGGAUGAUGACAAAAGAAGGCUUCUCAGCAAGAAGUCUUUGCUGGACUUAAUUAUCCCAAGAUGUUCUGACAGGGCACCAAUGGUGCGUGCCAAAGCUCUGCAGUACUUUGCUCAGUGUGCAACUUCAGAAAACAGCUCUUUAGGGUUGAGAGUAAAAGAAGUACUUUGUGAACCACUGGAGAGUCCAGUAGAAGGGACACCAACAUUAAUCAGACAAGCAAAUAGUAAGCAAGCAGAGACCAGGAACAUUGGUAUGGUUAUAAGAAAAAGAACAUGUGAUGAGAAAGUUGGAGUUCGAAAGGCUGCUUUACAGGCUCUAGAGAGUGUAAUCACCCUUAAUCUGGAUUCCUUGGAGCGAGUCGAUGUGUUGACUCUCCAUGAUUGCUGUAUGGAUCCAGCACUUUCUGUCAGAAGACAAGCUAUGGUGUCACUAACCUCUCUCCUACAAGAGAGGCCUAAGUGCACAAUGGUACACAGUCUUUGGCUGGAAGGAGUGUUGCCACUUGUUAUGGACAGAGAAACUACUGCACAAGAAAAAUGCUUUCAAAUACUGGAGGAUGUGCUGCUUCACAAUAUUGUUCCUCUUUCAAAAUCAACUGGACCAUAUCACAUCCUUGCUUGGGACGUGCUUAAUAUUGUGGCCAGCCCAUCAGGACAAGAAAUUAUGACAUGGAGACAUUAUGCCGAAUUCUGUCAGUGUUGGCAAGCUCUGCUUCCUUUCUUCCCUCCUCAGUCGCCAGCACCUUGACAGCUGAUCUCCAGCGGAAGCUAAUCACAUUUGAAUGCCCACCAGAAGUUAUUGAUGCUAUUGUAGCAACCCUAUGCAAGUUAAGUAAAGUACAACUACCAGAAGAAAGGGGAAAGAGCGAUCAUUGGUGUUCUGAUCUGCUGAAAGCAUCUGAAGAAUUUCUGUCUAACGUAACAUUAAAACAGGAUUCUAUUGAUGAAGAACGUCUUAUGCGGCAUUUGUUUACUGUUGGAGCUGUGGCCCAGCUAACACCAACCAAGACUACAGAGCGGCUGUUUAUGUUUGUGGAAUCCAUGUUGAUUUCUCAUGGCAAUAAUCAAGAUCCUCUUCAAAAACUAAAUCUGUCACCACCUGUAAAGGCUCAUGUGUUUGUGACUCUGGGAAAAUUGUGUCUUCAGAAUGAAGAUCUGGCCAAACAGUGCAUUGCUACUCUUGCUAGAGAGUUAGAAACAUCUGAUGACCCAGCUAUUAGGAAUAAUGUUACAGUGGUGAUGUGUGACUUGUGUGUGAGAUUUACCAGUCUUGUUGAUCGUUAUGUUCCAAAUAUUGCUGUUUGUCUGAAAGACAGCUCAUCACUUGUGAGGAGACAGACACUGACUGUGUUAACCCAUUUACUUCAGGAGGACUUUGUUAAAUGGAAGGGUGCUUUGUUUUACCGCUUUAUCACAACAAUUGUUGAUGAAGAUCCAGAGAUAAAGAAAUUUGCUGAGUUUUGCCUUGUGCACCUUCUUUUGAGCAGACAUCCAGGCAUGCUGUUCCAGCAUUUUAUGGAGUGUGUGUUCCACUUUAACUCCUUUGAAAAACACCAAGUAUACAACAAGUUCCCACAGACAGACACAGAGAAAAAACUGUUUUCUCUCAAAGGAGAUCAAAAUUCAGGGAAACGCUAUACAAUUUAUCAGUUUAUGCUUUCCCACAUGAGUGAUGAAGGCAGAUUCAACCUCACUGGAAAGCUUUGUCAAGAGGUACUGGGUGGUUUUACUGAUGGCGACAUUACCUUGGAUCAAGACUCAGUUUCUGUCCUAAAAGAUGUUCUGUUAAUUUUGAGCAGCAAGAACAUUAAACUUUCCUCAAUGAAAGCCAAAGCAGCAGAAGAUCUUGCUGAUGAGGGGGACAUGGCAGGAGCUGCCAUUGUUGCAGCCAGGAACAAAUUUCUCACACAGGUUCUAAAAAAGAACAUGAUUGAGAAUAUUAUACCCAUCAUUAUUGAGCUUAAACAUAUGCUUGAAAAGAAGCAUUCCCCUUUGCUCAAGGACCUGAUGUCCUGUUUAAAAGAAGUGAUGAAAGAUUACAGAUCUGAAGUACAGGAGGUGCUGUCGGCUGACAAGCAGCUUGCCAAUGAAAUUGAGUUUGAUCUCAAAAGGUUUGAGGAUCAGCAGAAAGAAUGCGAGGAACAGAGACGAAAGCAUAACACUCCAAACAAUUCUCCACAGGUUAAUACAAGAAAGCCUAGUUCAGAUGGAAAUACCCCACCUCAAGCAGCAGAAUUCAUAGCCCCUCAGCUACGAAAUGCAACACCUUCACCCAAAAAUGGAUCUAACAGGCCUAACAUCUCACCUCUUACUGGUGCUAUAAACCAACUGCAGAUCAAUAGACGUCACACCUUGGCCUCCAACCCAAGCCUGAUCAACAAUGUUCUCAAAUCCAACCUCACUGUUCAGAUUAGUCCAAUACAAACAAAGCGUUGCUAUACCCUCUCUACUGCAGCUAUUCUAAAUUCUGCUCGCAAAGCUGUAGAUCAAGCUCAUAAGGUUGCUGAAAAGAGAAGGAAGAGCAUUGGUUCAAUGGGAGGCCCUCAUGAAAAUAGUGUUGCCACAGAGGGACCAGAAAGUCGCACACCUCUCAAGCCUGCUAAUUCCAGGGCCUUUUACAGGGCAAAUGAAGAGCGUGCAGCCAGCACUCCAGAAGGUGAACAGAGCCAUUUAUCAAGGAUUUCAUUUUGUGUGAACACAAGUGCCACUGCGCCACCCUCCCCCAUACCUACAUCAUUGCCAAUCCGAGUAUAUGCACAAGACAAAGUUACUCCCCCCAGCUGGAUAGAAGGCAAGGUUGAUGAAGGAGAUGAAGGAGAAAAAGAACAGGAAAUUAUCUGUUUGAUGUCACCUGAGCGCAAGCUUCCAAAACCAAGGACAUGGAAUAUCAAAUCCCCAGAUACCAAAAAGCUGGUUUCUACCAAUAAGGCAGUUAGGGAACCACAUAAUGAUUCAGUCUCCAAAAGAACAAGAUCCCACAGACGAAAGUGAGAGUUUGGUGAACUUGGCUUGAAUCUAAGCCUUUGUUCCAAUUAUCGCUAUUCAAAUGAGUGCUCAGAAAUUAAUUGUUUUAUUGCUUAAAAAUAACUCAAUGAAGUGAUUCCUCUAGUCAAAGUUUGCUGUAAAUUGAAGUAAAAUUUCUCAAGGUUGACGAUCUAACGGCUCUUCCAAUUUUUUUUUUUUGAAUGUGCAAUGUCAGCCUGGGCAGUUUCCAUUCUCUCAAGAAAUGCUUUUGUCCAGCUGUGGUACUUUUUGUUGUGCACUACGAGAAUUGGGGAUUGAUCAAAACACCCUAUUGCUGAUCAGUUUCUGUAAUCACAGCACUUUUGCUGGGUAAUGUGGUAAUCACAAGUACUCAAUUUAAAGGACAUGAUUUUAAAGUCAUGGGUACGAUAAAAAAGGAGUUCUCUUGCAUCCUUGCUCUCUUGCGUGCUUUUUUCUUAAUUUCUUAGCAAGUGCCUACAGCACAGACUAUUUUUUAACCUGUGAAAAUAAAUAUUUAUAUUUUUCUGAAUUUGUAGAUUUAGUAUUGUAGCAUAUGUAGUAAUAAAAAUCAUUCUUCAAAAUGUUUGGAACUGAUGAUUAUUUUUGAUAAUGGCAAGGUUUUCAUCAAGGAUUGUAGAAGCUAAAGAAAAGUUCUAGGUAAUAGCAGCAUAUUCACUUUCUAUAUAAAAUGUAGCACAGGGUCUCAAAAUUAAGCCAGAGAAGUGUACUAGCUAAGAAAUUCUUUAAUCUCUCAGACUUAAUAAACACACUGCAAGGAAGCCUCUAAGAGUCACUAGUGUCUAAUUUCUCCUGACAAUAUCACCCCUAAAUCAAACAAUAAAGUCACGAGAAUGAAGGAAACGAUCACCUUGCAAUUAAGGAAAUUCUUGAUUGUUCACCUUUUCACUCCAAGAUCUCAAUAUGAAUUCUCCUUACCA